GUCGUGCCCGGUCGCCGGGCGCCCCUCAGCGGCCGAGACGGUUUUGCGAGGCCUGAGCGAAUUGAACUUCUGUUCCUUGUGGUAAAAUGGAUUUAUUGUGGUUCAGGCAACUGAAGAUUCUCCUCUGGAAAAAUUACCUGAUAAAGACGCGGCAGAUAGUUGGCUUUAUUACAGAAAUUAUCCUGACAGCUCUGAUACUUUCAUUUAUUCUGAAUAUACGCAAAAGUAUACAAAAGAAUUUUCAUAAUGCUACCAUUUUUGGUCCACUUCCCUUGACACUACCUGCUUUGCUUAUUAAUACUACACAUGUAUAUGAAUUGGUCUAUGUGCCUUCUGGAAGUAAUGCAGUAAGAACUGUUAUUGAGAUGGUGAAAAAGGAUUUAAAAUUCAAUUUUAAAGUUCAAGGUUUUUCUUCGGAAAAAGAUUUUGAGACAUACAUUAAGCAUGGAAAUCCUGUUCCUGUGUUUGCUGCUAUCAUAUUUGAUCAUAACUUCAAAACCAGCACUGACAGUUUGCCACUUCAGGUAAAAUAUCAUCUGCGUUUCGGUAAUUUCAGUUAUAACAAUGUUGCAUCUAAGGCAAACAUAAGGAGUCAGUCUUGGAAUACAUCUGCUCUCUUUCCAACAACACCUUCUCUAGGACCCAGGAACCCGGAUAAAGCAGAUGGGGGUUCCGGGUACAUCAAAGAAGGGUUCCUGGCUGUGCAGCAUUCUGUAGAUAAGGCCAUCAUGACAUACCAUAAUGACAUAACUGCAGAAAAAGUGUUUGAAAAUACCAGUAUUUUUGUUCAGAGAUUUCCAUACCCUGCUUAUUAUCAUGACAAAUUUAUAUGGGAAUUUUCAACUUUUUUUUAUUUUUUAGCUUUACUUAUAUUUUAUCAAAAUUACCUUCCUCUCGUCAAGACCAUUGUGACAGAAAAGGAAAACAAAUUAAAGGAGUUCCAGCUCAUGACAGGACUCAAUAAUUUUAUGCUCUGGGUUUCAUACUUUGUUACAUACUUUUUGUUAUACCUAUUUGUCAUCUGCUUACUAUGUGCAGUUUUGUUUCUCAAGAUUGUAAAUGAGAAAGUCUUAGAACACAGUGACCCGAUACUCGUCGCCAUCUUUUUUCUGUGUUUUGCCAUCUCCUUAGUAUCUUUUGGCUUUAUGAUUACAACAUUCUUCAGUAAAGCUUCUAUGGCUAUUGCUAUUGGGGGUCUCCUCUUUUUUCUCUCCUUCUUUCCGUAUUUAAUCGUCGUUCUCAGGUAUGAAGUAAUGAGCCUUACAGAGAAACUGGCUUCCUGUCUCAUUUCAAUUAUUGCACUUGGUAUAGGGAGUGAUUUAAUAUGCAAGAUGGAAUUGAAGGGGCUUGGUGCUAAGUGGAAUAACUUCCUUUCACCAGUGAGCCCAGAUGAUAACAUAACUCUGGCCCAUGUUACAGGGAUGUUUUUAUUUGAUGCUUUCUUGUACUGCCUUGUAACCUGGUAUGUAGAAGCUGUCUUUCCAGGGAAGUAUGGUGUGCCCAAACCAUGGUAUUUCUUCCUGCAGAAAUCCUACUGGCUUGGGGAGCCAACAACAACGAAAAGAGAACAAAGCCCAUCUGUUUUACUGCAAACUGAUUUUUUUGAAGCUGAACCUGUUGGUUUGGAGGCUGGCAUCAAGAUCCAACACUUGUAUAAGGAAUUCAACUUACAGAAUAAUACCAUAGUAAUAAUAAAAGACUUGUCUUUGAAUUUCUAUGAGGGACAGAUAACUGUUCUUCUAGGGCCUAAUGGAGCAGGAAAGACUACCACCUUAUCCAUUCUUACAGGUUUCUAUCGUCCUACCAGUGGAAAGGUCUAUAUUAGUGGAUAUGACAUCUCAAAGGACAUGGUUCAAGUCAGGAAAAGCUUGGGAUUUUGCCCCCAGGAUAAUCUAUUGUUUAAGAACUUGACAGUGUCAGAGCACCUUUAUUUCUACUGUGUGAUAAGAGGAGCACAACCAGAGAAGCAUUCUGCAGAAACUAACAAAAUUUUGACUUCUUUUGGCAUGCUACAAAAGAGUAAUGAACUUUCAAAGAACCUGAGUGGAGGAAUGAAGCGCAAACUCUCUAUCAUCAUAGCCUUGACAGGGGGCUCCAAGGUGGUGAUACUUGAUGAGCCAACAUCUGGCAUGGACCCAGCCUCAAGGAGAGCCACCUGGGAUCUCCUCCAGCAGUAUAAAGAGAAUCGCACCAUCUUACUGACCACCCACUACAUGGAUGAAGCUGACAUCCUGGGUGAUCGCAUUGCCAUCAUGGUCAGGGGGACCUUGCAGUGCUGUGGCUCUUCAGUCUUCUUGAAAAAAAAAUAUGGUGUGGGAUACCACCUAGUCAUGGUGAAGGAACCUGAUUGUGACAUUGAUGAAGUCACCCAAAUAAUCCAUCAUCACAUACCAACUGCCACUUUGGAGAGCAAUGUUGCAGCUGAAUUAUCAUUUCUUCUACCCAGAGAGUACACAGACAGAUUUGAAGCCAUGUUUACUGAACUAGAGGAAAGACAGGAAAAGCUGGGUAUUGCUGGCUUUGGUGUGUCUAUCACUACCAUGGAAGAAGUUUUCCUUAGGGUCAGUAAUUUGGCAGAAUUCAAAAUGAAUAAGGUGCCUUCCCAGAUCUUUUCUUCAGUGGAAAGAAACACAAGAGAAAUGGAUAACAAGAAUACGAAUGCAUCUGAAAAUUUUGAGAGAUCAGAUUUUCACACAGAGCAUGAGCGCUCUAAUAUGCUUAAUACUGGAUGUACCUUUUAUGGCCAGCAAUUCUGUGCCAUGCUCUUCAAGAGGGCAAUAUACUCUUGGCGCAACUGGAAGAUGUUGUUGAUAGAGACAUUGGCACUUCUGGGUAUCGUUUAUCUUAUGAUGAAAGGUGUGAACUUUUCAAGACCUACUGAUGAGCCUGCCAGGCAAAUGGAUUUGAGACAAUAUGGUCAAACCAUUGUGCCUUUUUCCUUUUCUGGAAGUUCUGUUUUGACCAUGAAUUUAGCAAAAAACCUUGAGAUCAUGCUAAAUGCUAAGAACCAAAAACUUCAAGAAGUGAAAGGUGACCUGCAGGAAUACUUAGUGAAAAAUAAAGAAUGCAUUUACUCAUGCAUCAUUGCACUUUCUAUUGAGGUCACUACAGACAAAAAGACAUUUACCUUUUGGUUCAACAAUGAGGCAUACCACUCAUCAUCGUUAUCCCUGGCAGUGCUGGACAAUAUUAUUUUUAUGUCACUUUCUGGCACUGAUGCUUCUAUUACAGUCUCCAACAAACCUCAGCCCAAACCUACUGUUCCAAGUAAAAAUGCUAAAAGUCAGACAUCUGGAAUCCAGGUAGCCAUAAAUUUACUUUUUGGUAUGAGUAUUUUUACCAGUGGCUUCUGCCUCCUGACCGUCAAUGAGAGAACUUCUAAAGCAAAGCACCUACAGUUUGUGAGUGGGGUUUAUGCCAUUAAUUUCUGGCUUCCUGCUCUGUUGUGGGAUUUCUUCAUCUUCUUCAUGGCCUGCUGCUUACUACUGGUGGUGUUUAUAAUCGCAGGAGUGGAUUUAUUGAUCGAGAAUUACAACUUUAUGCAUACAUUAUUCAUCUUAAUGAUAUUUGGCUGGUCUGUUAUUCCCUUUAUAUACCUAUUAAGUUUCCUAUUUUCUAGUAGUACCGGUGCAUACAUCAAGAUUAUGAUCUUGAACUUGAUUGCAGGGUCUUCUGCUAUAGUUGCAGAUAUCCUACUAACCCUAAAAGGCUCAGAUACUAAUAAAGUUGUACGUCAUUCACUCCUGACAAUACCCAUUUAUAACCUUGGGAUGAGUAUUUUCAGAUUUUAUCAUAUUCAAGAUAUAAAGAGAAUGUGUUCCUCCUUGAAAGGUCUUCCUCAAUCCACAUAUUGUAAAGAAUUUACUGCACUUAAAGUAUAUAGCUUGAAAGAAAAUGCAAUUGGAAAGCAUGUCAUUGCAAUGGCUGUCACAGGAGCUGUUUACUUUUUCUUGAUUUUCCUUCUGGAUACCACCCUAUGGAGACUGAAAACCUUUAUCUUUCGCUAUAUAUUUUUUGGUAUCUACAAGACAAUUAAUAAGGCUAUAGUGUCUGAGAAAUUAUCUGGGGAAUCUGAAGAUGAAGAUGUACAAAAUGAAAGAGAGAGAGUGCUGAACAACCCUCAGAUGUUGCUGAACUCCACAGUGCUAAUUAAAGAACUCACAAAGAUAUAUUUUACAUGUCCGGCCAUUUUGGCUGUGAGAAAUAUCUCCCUUGCAAUCCACAAGGAGGAGUGCUUUGGAUUGCUUGGAUUAAAUGGAGCUGGAAAAACAAGUACUUUCCAAAUUUUGACUGGAGAAGAGACUGCUACCUCUGGAGAUGUAUUCAUUAAAGGCUAUAGCAUCACCAAAAAUCUCCUAAAGGUAAGGUCAAAAAUUGGCUAUUGUCCACAGUUUGAUGCCUUGCUGAAUUUCAUGACUGCCCGGGAAAUACUGAUCAUGUAUGCCAGGUUGUGGGGGAUUGCUGAGAACAAAAUUAAUGCUAAUGUGAACAACUUGUUGAAAUCAGUGAAUCUGGAAACCUAUGCUGACAAGUAUAUCUACACUUACAGUGGAGGAAACAAACGUAAACUGAGUACUGCAAUUGCCCUAAUGGGAAAACCCUCAGUAGUCUUCCUGGAUGAGCCUUCAACUGGCAUGGACCCAGUAAGCCGACGCCUGUUGUGGAACACAGUGUCACAUGCUCGUGAAAGUGGCAAAGUCAUCAUCAUAACCUCCCACAGUAUGGAGGAAUGUGAAGCCCUCUGUACCAGGCUGGCCAUCAUGGUACAGGGGAAGUUUGUGUGCCUCGGCAGCCCUCAGCACCUCAAGAACAAGUUUGGUAAUAUCUACAUUCUGAAGAUUAAGUUAAAAAAUGAUGCAGAUGAGACGGUGAUAGAGGAGUUAAAAACAUUUAUUGCUAAGACUUUCCCAGGUAACAUCUUAAAACAAGAGAACCAAGGGCUUCUUACCUACUACAUUCCCAGGAAGGACAAUAGCUGGGGAAAGGUGUUUGGAAUUUUGGAGAGAGUUAAAGAAGCAUUUGAUUUAGAAGACUAUUCCAUCAGUCAGAUAACACUGGAACAAGUCUUCCUAACUUUUGCCAAUCCCCAUGAAACAGAAGGUAGUUAGGGAAAAUAAAGGUGCCAUAAGAUUUAUUUCCAACCAGUGGCUCUGUUUACUUGACUACUCUCUACUACAUGUGAAUGCACAGAAGGGUGGUCCUGUAUGUAUAUAUCUCGAUGUAAAUAUAUUUAUGUAAUAAAGAAUCCC